AUGCCGAUGUCUGAUCGAUGGAAGGAAGAUGUUGUUGAGCCGACGAGACGAUCAGAUCGAAUGUCAUGGAUGCUGGUCACCAAUGCGUUGGCCCUAGCGCAUGAGCUCGGUGUGUUUGGUCAAGGAGCUUCAAAGCCGAAGGAAGACUACGUUAUCAUGGGAUCUGAAGCAGAUAUUUAUGUGGAGCUGCUUGAGAGUAGACGCCAGCGUCUCCCCUUUUUACUGUUCGUCUUUGUGAACCUCAUUGCUGCGAGAAUUGGGUGUCAAUCGCUUCUCUUAGAGACCCCGGAAGCUUCCCUGCUACCCAGGGGCGAUCGAGAAUGGGCAAGCUUUAUGGCCUCUUGGGUCGAGCUGACAAGGAUAACGAAAGAGAUUACAGAACAAUACUUUCCUCCGACAAAGUCCGACCAGCGAUCACGAAGAUGGGAUAUCGCCUCGAUCGACGAAUGGCGGAAGAUCCUGGCUAAUUGGGUAAAUAAGAGGUCUUUUUGCAAGGAUCACCGAUUUGACGAUAUUCUCCUCAUUGAAGCACACUACCUUCGCAUAUUUAUCAACUCCAUCGAAAUGCAGUCCUUCGUCGAGGAUACACUGUCACAAUCGGACUUGGAAGUACAGACGAGCAACACAGCGGUGACAGACCGUUUUUUCCUGACUGAAGUUGUCGAUGGAGCUGGCGCAAUUCUCAACCACAUAAUCCAACUGUCAGACCAGCAAGCAAUCCAAUAUCUGCCGAACCGCAUAUUUCUCCGCGUCAUCAGCUGCUCGAUCUUCCUCCUCAAGGCCCUUGCCCUUGGCACCCGAGCAUCAACACUUCAUGGUUCGCUAGCGAUGCUGGAAAAAACAAUCGCUGCCUUGCAAUCUAACUGCCCGGAUGACAUCCACCUUAUCUCGCGCUACGCGUCUCUGCUGCAGAUCUAUGUCUCGCGUGUACGCCAGACAUUCGGACUCGACAAUGACAUUCCCAAUGUGGAUCAUCAACACGAGAAACGGCAGGAAGAGCGUGAUGGAGAUGAGCCAGCUCAACAGCCCGGUACAUGGGAUCAAGAAAUUCCCUUACCUGACCCGAUACUCUCUGAUGAUUGGUUAUCACUACCUUUGGAUCCGCUGAUGGCACCCUUUGGGCCGUGGGAUGAAACUGGGCAGUUGGAUUACGGAUUAGACUCGGCCUACUUAGAUUUGGAUUUUAUUUGGAACCUGCCUCCUUAG